AUGACAGAAAAAGUUGACGACGCUGACUCCAAAACAGAAGAAAAGGACUCGGAACAGUGUGAGGAGGUAGUGGAAGAAGGUGACGGUGCACACUUUGUGAGUCACGGAGGAGAUCCUCGAUCACUUGAUUUGAACAGAUGCCUACUCCUUUCCAACCUGCCUUCUGUGUUCCUAAACGAUCCAUUUGAUGAGUUCAGCAAUACUAUGCUUGACUGGAUUGCCCAGGAUUUCAAGGUUGCUCGUGACGCCAUGGAAAAAAUUGUCCGCAUACCGAAGCUGCAGGCAGAUGCUGAGAAUCAGCAUAUUGGUGGUAGGAGGUUCUCACAAACUGCAUUUAUAGUUAGCGACGUGCGGUUUGCAACGUCGCGUCGCAUCAGACAGAGUGCGAUAGUCGAUCGUGUUUGGGUUGCGGAUCUGGCUCUUCGUGCCAUUAUUUCCUUCAAAUCUCGUGUGCAUAAGCACCGGGUAUUUGCGCAGAAGAGCUUGGCUGCUGAAUCGUCCAUCAAGUUGGACGUGAUAGACAGCAUUCCGCGUGAAUUUGUUGAAGUGGAAGAUGAUCUGGAAAUGGCUGAUGAAGUUGACGGGGAUGAAGAACUUGCUGAGGAGCACGACGAGAGUAACGAGCAAGACGAACCCAAACCGAAGGUCACAAAGACCGACGGUGAAGCGGUUUCAUCUAGCGCUGAAGAGCCAGCAGCUGAAGGUGACAAGGAACAGAAUGGAGUUGAAAACGGUGAGGAAACCGCGAAACCGAAGAAAAAGGAAUACGUCGACGAGGACCUCGAGGCUCCCUUUGAAAUAAGUUGGGAAGGUGCUCCAGAAUUCCAGUGGAAGUUAUGUCCUACACCUGCGGACACUCGCCGUCUAAUUUUGGAGAACGUUUUUUGGUCAGACUUGCAGAACGUGUUCAUCUACCGCGUAAUGUUAAAGGCAGAAACAGUUGACAUCAAUUUCCCAAUGCGUUUCAAUAUAGAGGGUUCAAAGCAGAUGUAUGGGAAGGUGACGAUGACGUUCCAGUGGAGUAUGCAAAUCAUGCAUGAGGCCAUGCGUCAUCUUAUCUAUGUACGUUGCCCUCUGGGUCGCCGAAUCAAGAUAUUUCUCCCUCAGACAACAAGCGCAAUGAAAUUGAAAGAGGAAUUCGAAGGCAAACUUGGGCGCACUAUCGAGCCAACUCGACGAAUGCAUCAGCUUAUCGUGAAAGUUCUUCCAGAAAAUUACGAGCUCACCCUUGAAGCUGCAAAAGAGAUGUUCGCUCCUUUGGAACCAGUCGAAGUUGAAAACGUGAAAGAUGACGCGGACCAGCCUUGUGCAAUCGUUACCAUGGCGAGCGUCGAGGAUACCAUCAAAGCGCAUUCAUCGACUUACUUUGUGACAAUAAAAGUGGAUGACAAAGACACUAAAUGCCAUGUGUUCCUUCGCGGAGUUGAAGCACAUUUUGGGUCGCUUCUAACGCGAUGGGAUAAGAAGAGAAACGAAAAUUCAAAGAAGUCUUCAAAGCGUCCUGCUGUUUCAGCAAAGCGUCCUGCUGGCGACAAGGCUGCUUCGGGCUCAGCUAAGAAACCACGUGGUUCCUCUAUACGAGGCACUCGAGGGUCAGGGCGCGGCUCAUCACGCGCGGCACGGUCAUUCGGUGGAAGAGGAAGAGGACGUGUAGAUCCAUAUUAUGGUGAUGUCUUCGGGUCUCGAUACGAAGCCGAAGCAAGAAUGCGACAAGAGAUCGAGUUACAGCAGAGAAUGAUCAGAGAACAGGAAAUGAUGGCUGCAAAACUACGCGAGCAAGAGCGUUUCGGAUAUGGUGGCAGACCUUAUGGUGGUUCUGCAUUCUCCUAUGGAAGAAGCAGCUAUGGUGGCGGUUACGAGUGA